UGUUAGCUUAAUUCAACACUAGUUGGCAUGCAACAUUUGAACCAUUGUAGCUCCAGAAAGAGAUGCCGGAACAAAAAGAAGAGGCAAAAGAAGAGUGUCAGGAGAUGGAGAGAAAGCUGCAAGCCUGCAAUACUAGGAUCCAACCAAGUAAAUGAAUGUGAUGAUCAUGAAACUUCAGUGGCAUGCUAGCCAACUACAAAAACCACUGCUGCCCAGCAUGCAAUACAAGGAGCACGAAGAGACUUGCAAUUUGAUUGUUUAUCAGAUGCUGUUGAACUGGUAUGGGCCCAAGCCCAUCAUAUGUAUCACUUAGGGCCCAAGCCCAUGAGGAUAAGCUGACCUAGAAGGGGCAUCCAGUCCUCCCGUUCCCUGUGUGAGCCGCCACACACACUCACACUCACGCUGCAGGUACUCCUCUCUCCCUGAUUCUACAUGGUAUCAGAGGCCAGGUUCGGCGGGGCCUGACGGACGGCGGCGGCGGCCGGGGAUCCGGCGGGGAUCCGGCGAGGCGCGGGACAGUGCCUGGGUGACGACGGUCGCGGCGUCAACGCGCUGCUGCGCACGAGUGGUCGGGCGCGGCGCUGCCUGCGCGGCCGUGCACGGGCUGACGCGGCAGAGGACGGAGGGACUCGCGACCUGAAGGCUGCGCAGGUGCUGUCCAUGCGAAGGAGGAGUGCUUGCGUGAGCGCGAGAGGUGGUCCUGGAGCUGCCGUUGCUGCUGCUGUUCCUUGGGAGGAAGAGGUGUUGCUUGCUGCUACUGGUGGUGGUCAGUGCUACUGCUGCUGUGGGCUGCUGUUGUUGGGUGUGUAGAGGCUGUGUCUGGUGCUGCUACUGAGUGUUGCUGCUUCCACUCCUCCCGACCGAAGAUGGCUGAGCCAACAGGCCUUGCUGAGGCUUUCGAGAAGCUUGCUAAGAUCUUCGAGGAGUCGAAAUCUGGGGCCAUCGUUCCUCGACAGGAAGUGGCUCAGAAGAUCGAACUGUCGCCCAUGGACAUGAAGUUAGAGGGGGCUACCAAUUAUCUGAGCUGGUCCCGGAGGGCGUUGCUGGCUGUGGAACAGAAGGAGCUUGAUGGGCACUUGUUGGGUGUUGUUGCUGAACCAGGAGACAAGACUACUGUGGAGGGAAAAAGAUGGAAGGUCAUAACUCUGUGCUCAUUGGCUGGUUGUUGAACUCGGUGGUGCCCCCCAUUGGACGCUCUGUGGAGGGGCUAUCCACAUCCGCUGCGAUACGGACGACUCUGUCCACCUUGUACUCAGGUAAGGGCAAUGUCAUGCUAAUUGCUCAGAUUGAGGGGAAGACCAGUCGGCUGCAUCAAGGCGACGACAUGUCAGUGAUGACAUAUGUGGCAGAGCUGCAGGCUUUGUGGGCAGAGCAGGAUAACUGCGACCCUCUGGAACUCUACGAUGCAGCUUGCAUCGAGUCAGGGCGCAAGUGGAUUGCACGCAGGCGUGUGCUGAAACUGUUGGAGGGGCUUAGAGGUUGUUUUCAUGGCAGGAGGGCAUCCCUGUUGCACCAACCUCUCCUGCCCUCUAUUGAGGAGACUAUUGCUGCUAUGUCUCAAGAGGAGGUGCGGCUAUCUCUUGAGCAUGCAGACAUGAAGGCUGUGCCGUCUCCGACAUUUGGAGUCACUGAGCGCAUGGAGUGGAGCGAUCCCAACAAAUGUCAUAUCUGUGGGGAGGCAGGUCACUGGAAGUGGGCGUGUCCAACUCGUGGCAGAGGCAGGGAAUACAACGGAGGGGGAACUGGCAGAGGCAGGAGUGCUAGAGGCAGAGGUGGAUACUCAGGGACCUCAAGGGGUCAGGCUUCUAGGGGCAGAGGUGGCUACUCAGGACACUCAGGGGAUCAAAGGGCUCACAUGACAGUGGCAGGAGACACUGGGACGUCAAAAGGCAAAGAUGCAGAUGAUGCUGACUAUGGAGACUUUGCUCUCUGGGCCUCCACUGAUGAAGGAGCGACAGACGAGCCAGACAGUUGGGACUGGCACCAGGCGUAGGGGGCUCUGGUACAUGGACCAGGAGGUGCAGCCGGACUUGGUGUGUGCUGCGACCAUGGAUGACAAGGAGAAGGAGGCGAUGAUCCAUCACUGUAGGAUGGGACAUGUAUCUUUUGAUAAGAUGAGUAGAAUCUUUCCGGAUGUUAUGUGUGGGAUAGGCAAGGGCAAGUUGACAUGUGAUGCUUGCGAAUAUGCCAAACACACACGAGCCU